AGAGGGAGGCUGUGUGCGCGAAGACAGACCACAGCAAUAAAUCCGAGCUGAUGGACUAAUUUGGAUUGGAACUAAAUCACUGGCGUCUUUCUGUGCAAAAGCUGCAAAACUUUUCUUGGGAUUCACUCACUGGGACAACACUGAAACUGAAGAUAAUCUCUUUGCUCCUGGCACUUGACACUGAGCGGACAAGUGGUCAAUUCAGAUUUGGAGACAGCUUGGGACGAUUUUCUCCUCUUGAUUGGUUCAGACGCUGUUGGCAGAAUGAGACUGGCAGCUUGUUGCGUGCUGGCUUCUGUUUGUGCCCUGCUGCUCAACUCAAGAGUCUGUCACGCCAUUCGAUGGCUUGCUCUGGCCAGGACUGACUCAUCAUUGCCCUUCAAUCAGACCCAGAACUGCAAGCACUUGGAAGGUCUGGUCUCGGCUCAGCAGCAACUCUGCCGGAGUAACCUGGACCUCAUGCAGAGCAUCAUCCAGGCAGCCCAAGAGGUCAAGAAAACCUGCCAGAAAACUUUCUCUGACAUGAGAUGGAACUGCUCUUCCAUCGAGUUGGCUCCCUACUUUCCACCAGACCUGGAGCGAGGUACCAGAGAGUCAGCAUUCGUCUAUGCUCUGUCAGCUGCUGCCAUCAGCCACACAAUAGCCAGGGCUUGCACUUCAGGAGAUCUUCCUGGCUGCUCCUGUGGUCCGAUGGCCUCUGAGGCUCCCGGGCCAGGAUUCCGAUGGGGCGGCUGCAAUGACAAUCUGAAUUAUGGAAUUGUGCUGGGAUCCAAAUUCUCAGAUUCGCCCAUGAAAAUGAAAAAAUCCGGAUCGCAAGCGAAUAAACUGAUGAAUUUGCACAACAGUGAGGUUGGACGACAGGCUCUGAAGGCGUCACUCGAGAUAAAGUGUAAAUGUCACGGAGUCUCAGGCUCCUGCUCAGUGAAGACCUGCUGGAAGGGAUUGCAAGAACUUGGCAGCAUUGCCCAGGACCUCAAGCUGAAGUACCUGUCGGCCACCAGAGUGGUCCAUCGGCCUGUGGGCACGCGGAAGCAGCUGGUUCCAAAAGACAUCGACGUCAGGCCCAUCCGCGAGAACGAGCUGGUGUACCUACAGAACUCUCCGGACUUUUGUACAAAGAAUGAAAAACUGGGCUCCAAUGGAACUCAAGAGAGGCAGUGCAACAAAACAUCCAAUGGCAGUGAUAGCUGUACCCUGAUGUGCUGUGGCCGAGGCUACAACCCUUACAUGGAGAAGCUGGUGGAGCGUUGCCAUUGCAAGUACCACUGGUGUUGCUAUGUGACGUGCAAGAAAUGCGAGAGGAUAGUGGAAAGGUACGUCUGCAAGUGAACUGGUCGCCCCCUUCCCCCAAUUCCU